CUCCCAAGGUCACCUGCAGAUCUUCGACAUGUUUGUGGUGGAAAAAUGGCCCAUCGUGCAAGCUUUUGCGCUGGAAGGCAUUGGCGGGGAUGGCUUCUUCACCAUGAAAUACGAGCUGAUGGACGUCAGUCUGGAUCUCUGGAAGGCCUACAGUAAAGUGGAUCCCAAUUCUUUGGAGAGCUUACUUGACGAGGAUUUGAUGACUUUUGAGCAUCAGUGGGCAAACUUCUUUGCCAAUUUUGACACCGAAAUUCCUUUCAUGCUGGAACUCUCAGAAUCCCAAACAGGAGAGCCAUUCCGAAGUUACUUCAGCCACGGGUUGAUUUCAAGCCAUAUAACAGAUAACAGCCCCAGCAGGCAACCGUUUGUGCUCUUUGGCACUCACUCAUCCAGAGAAAAUCUGAAUUCGGGCAAUUUCAGCUUCCCCUCGGAAGGGCACCUGCUUCGCAACACGGGCCUGGCUGGCGGCAUCGCCAAGCACACGGUGGUGCAGUGUGUCUCUCCCAAGGGGCCCUUGGCUUGUUCCAGGACCUACUUCUUCGGUGCCACUCACACUCCUUACCUUGGGAAUGGCGAUGGAUUGGAGAAGAAAACGGAAGAAGUGAAACUCUUAUCUCAGAUCUAUUUUGCUGUGGUGGAGGCCGUCCUGGCUGGCAUCGACACCUUCUCAAAAACGUCGCAAGUUACAAAGGCAAAAGAAGUAGCAGAGAAAGUGUUUUUCAAUAGGCUUGAGGCCUUUCAACUGUCAUGCUUUAAAACUCCACUACGCACCAAGAUAGAUUUCUGGAUUCAAGCUGUGAACAACCAUGGGAGAAUUAUUCCAGUGGAUAACAAGGACAGCCGGUACUUGGUUAAAACGGUGACCAUGGCUGUGUACGACAUCCCCGACCUGCUUGCCGGAAGAGGCUGCCUGGGGUCCGUGGUCUUCUCGGAGUCCUUCCUGACGUCGCAGAUUCUCGUCAAGGAAAAAGAUGGCAGCAUCAGCACGGAAACCAGUUACCUCGUCCUCACGGCAGCGAUCCCGCGAUCGGCAUCUUGGCUGGUGGAAGAGAACGAAGUGAAACUGUCCGAACGAGCGCAGCAAAUCCUGAAGAAAGAAGAAUCUUUCCUGGGAAUCCUCCUGGCCGGAGGCACUGGAGCGUAUAUUGUCGCUAGCAAUUCACUCUGUAGGCCGGAGGAAGGAAAACUUUCUUUCUUUUCCGAGGGCCUUUUGUUCUGUCACCCCCAUUAUGGCAGCGUAACCAUCUCCAAGGCACACAUGGUGUCCAUCCAGUUCUAUGACGGGGAUUCCACCAGUGUGGUUGCCUCGCUCUUUAUAGAAUACAAACCUUCUCUGCUUCCUCAUUUGCCAGUCCAGCUGCACACCCCAAACAACGUCCUGAUGAUUGCAGUUUUCCCAAAGUCAGCCCUUUAUAAAGCUUUCUAUUCCCAGGUUUUUUCCACCUGGCAACGGCCGGGAAAUACAGGAGUCACGUUAAAAAUGAUCCAGGACAAUUGUCUGUCUGCAGAACAGGAGCGAUUACAUUCCAACAUGCAAAAGCUCUUUGAAGUCUCGUCCCAUCCUGCUGGAGAACGAUGGAACCAAGUAAGACUGCUUACCAGCCUUCCAGAUCUGGCCAGUUUCCUACAGCACUUUACCAUUGGUAGCGUCAGCCAAGAACCAGUGAUGAGGUUGCACCUGCCAGUUCUUCUGCAGCAGACUGAGGACAUUCCUAAUAAUGAGAAAGAGAAUGAUAAGGUGACGAUUACCAUCCUGACGGGCCUUCCUGGAUGCCAGUCAAGUGAGCUAUGCUCAUUCUUGGUCACGUUUAACAAAGAAUAUGGAAGGUGGCUUGUUUAUCGCCAGACCAUGGACAGCCCCGAAUGCUUCAGUGCCGCCCACUUCCAGAAGUAUCUCUCGGGGGUCCUUGAAUCUCAGCACAGCCGAAGCAGCCGGCCCUCCGCUUAUCACAGGAAGAAAGUGAGGCUGCUGGUGGUCCUGCAAGGAUACACUGACGUGAUUGACGUUGUCCAGGCCCUUCAGACUCACCCGGACGUAGACGUGAAGGCCUCCUUUGCGAUUGGCGCAGUCACAACGUGUGUUGAACCCCUCAGCUCUUACAUGGAACACAGGUUUCUUUUCCCCAAGUUUCUGGACCAGUGUUCCCAAGGUUUAGUGAGUAACGUGGUGUUCACCAGCCAUACAACCGAGCAGAGAAGCCCGCUUCUCGUCCAGCUGCAGAAACUCAUCCGAGCUGCCAACUCUUCCGUUUCUUUUAUCCUAGCGGAAAACGGCAUCGUAACUCGGAAUGAGGACAUCGAGCUAAUCCUUUCAGAAAACAGCUUCUCCGACCCCCAGAUGUUGGCAAGUCGCUAUUUAAUGUACCCCGGCUGGUUCGAUGGGAAAUUUAGAGCCGGUUCUGUCUUCCCCCCCAUGGUCCAAAUUUGUGUGUGGUUUAACCGUCCUUUGGAGAAAAUGCGCUUUGCGGCCAAAUGUAAAGCACUGAAGUCAUCCAACAAAUCGAGUCCGUUCUCUGGAAACAUCUACCACAUUUUUGGCAAAGUCAAGUUUUCAGAUUCGGACCGGACGGUCGAAGUAUGUCACCAUGCAUUUUCCAACACCUUAAGCCUGGUACCUGUCCAAGAGGGGCCCCUCCCUUCGCCUCCCGAAUCCAGAACUGAGAACCAGGAUUAUUCGGGAUCUCAGGAAAGCUUCCUGGUGUUUGUGGGGUGUUCCCUCAAAGAAGAUGACAUAAAGGACUGGCUCAGGCAGACGGCCAAACAGAAGCCACAAAGAAAAGCUCUGAAGACUCGGGGCAUGUUGACGUCUCAGGAGAUCAAGAACAUUCACGUAAAACGGCACCUGGAUCCACUUCCCGCUGGCUACUUCUACAAUGGGACGCAGUUUGUGAAUUUCUUUGGCGACAAAAUGGAUUAUCAUCCAUUAAUGGACCAGUUCAUGAACGAUUACUUGGAAGAGGCGAACCGAGAGAUUGAAAAGUACAACAGGGACCUGGACAACCAAGAAUACCACGAUCUCUUCGAGCAGAAGACCUAAGCUGGGAGCCCCGUGCGGUACAGAAAAAAAAAAAAAAUACCAGGGACCUCCUUUACCUUCUGAAAAUUUUAAUUUGUCACCAAGAAAAGGUCUUUGUUUCAUCUUGGCCUAGCUUUACAGCUGCUUUUUCCUUUUUUUAAAAAAAUUUUUUUUUUAAGUUGCAUUCACAUUAGCUUGUCACCUUAAAAUGUGAUAACGGUCACAGUAUAAUAUUUUUGUGGGCGGGCGUAUUUCCAAAUGUGUUGUCGAGUAACCUAGAUCAGGGCCUUGAA